GAGAGAGAAUGAAGGGAAGAUGACAGCCAGCGAGAAAGACAGUCGGUGGGUGAAUGAACAACGUUUACCUUUAUUGAAUAUGUAUAGUUACGUAUUUUGUAUCUGUUUUUAACCUUUAACCAUGUACUAACGUAACGGUUAUCGGUACAUUUGUAAUGUAAGCCGUCUGAUUAUUACAGAUGAUAACCUGCAGCAUUCCUCCAUGUCAGUCGUCUUGUAUGAACUCUGAUGACUGUACGAGCUUUCCUUAUUAACAAAAGGACAGCGACCCUGCAAGGCUGAGCUAUAAUUAUAUACUACAAAUAUCGCUGGCGGUCACGGUCGGUGAACAGCCAGGUAACCCGAGUAGAGUUCUAGCGGCGAUAGCUGUCACGGACGGAAUUCCAGACCACAGGGGUGGACAGCAUGUGUCACCUUUGUCACCAAAUAUAUUGAACAGAGACGCUUUAGACGACUGGCUAGCUUGUAUGUAAGAAAUUGUUACCGGCUUGUGUUUACCUGUGCACAAGUCGGUUUUACCUGGUUUGUAAACAUAGCACUGACACGUGGAUCGUUUUUAGUUCAUCUGAUGAUUUAUUGCUGAUAUUCUUUGUACCAUACAAUUCGAAGUUUACUUUAAAUAGAUGUUCACAAGUUUGUAAACGCGUUUUGUGACUAGAACAGGUGUAUAUACGAACUGAACUGUUGUAUCGUUCAAACCGUUAACAGAUCUGUAUCGUCUCAGAACUUGCAGACUGUUGAAACUGGAAUUUAUGUUGUGUGUGUGUGUUGUUGUUGUUGUUGUUACAGAAGAAGAUCAUUUUUACACACGGUUGCCCAAGUGACUUAAGAAGAAACGCAUGUUCGGGAAGUAUGCGUAGAUAGGCUAACUGAAGCCUUAAAGCCUAAGAGCAGCUUUAAAUGCUUUAACUGCAGGUAAAAAGUCCAAACUGAAAUAUAAAGAACCUAAUUGCGGUUAAAAUUAAGUAUUUGAUUUUGUCCGGACUACUGUUUUACAAUGUGAGAUCUCAUUUGGACUACUAAUAGCAAUGAUAAAAGGAUCUACGGCAGCUCGCUCAGUGUAAUAUAGUAUUCACUGUCGAGCACUCGUCUACCUCAAGUGACUCCCCGAAUGCAGCGUUUCAGCGCACACGAGGAUUGCGGCAAGAGAUGCGUUAAGAAGAACAUUCCAGACAUUUGGUGUCAAUCGUGUGUGUUUAUUGCUUGUUUCCAUUAAUGACUGCCAGUGCACGAACAGAACCCAUUACAUUGUUAUGUGGCUUGUGCUUAGAAUAAUCCCAACGGCUCAUGGCAUUUGUCUCUAUUGUUUUAGAAGAGUCUUGACAUACACACGAAUAGAUGCUAACAUUACAGAGUACAGAACAGGGGACUGUUUACCACCGAGGUCGCAGCGACAUGUCGAGUGUCAUAACCUUCCAGUUAAAGAGCGACUUGAGGUCAUGAUUGUUUAAAUACUUUGUCGUCAUAAUGGAAAACAAGGUUGUCUCGUAUAAAUCUUCAAACUACACGACUUUAGUAGGUUUGCUCUGAGAGGAUUUCCUGCAAAGGCUUCGGGUGCUAACAAUAUGGCUUUUACGAAAACAGCUCGUCAUUCAACCAGCGACAAAUUGCGCUGCACAGCCUGUGGUGAGACAUUAAGAACGCCAAGACUGUUGCCCUGUCUUCAUUCGUUUUGUUCUGACUGUAUUUCCCGCUUUAAAACGUACCCGAUGAACAGUGAAGCUCAGCUGAAGGACAUGUCUGAAGGUAGAGCCGUAUCGGCCGACAUGAGCGAAGAUAUGUCGUCAUUCGACUCUGCAGACGACCUGAAAGCGGGAGACAGAUUUGGCGGGAAAUCAAGAAUGAUUCUGUGUCCCGACUGUCUGAGGGAGGUGCAGAUAGCGACAGACGUGAAGGAGUUGCCCAUAAACUUUGUUCUUCAAAGGAAGCUCAAAGAGGAAGCGUUUCAACGAAAGAACCACUGCAUCGUUACAGUGUGCGACUCGUGUGGUGAAACGAACGAUUAUGCGACCGUCAGGUGUGACGAAUGUUCGGAAAACCUGUGUUACAUGUGCGAGCAGUCCCACCGUCGCCAGAAACGAUCCAAGAACCACAGACUGGUGCAAAUGUCGGCGAGUGUCGUGGCCAUGGACGAAAAACGCGAUUCGCUUAGAAUACUUCGCUGUUCCAAACAUUCAAAAGACGAAUUGGAUUUGUUUUGUUCCGACUGCGAUGACACCAUAUGCCGACGGUGCUCCGAGACCCUCCAUAGCGGUCACCACUGCAGUCCCAUCACGUCCGAUCUCUUUCGUCAAAAGAUGGAUGAACUGCAAAGGCUUAUUCAGGAUGUUGUUCCCAAAGUCAGUUCCGUUGACGUCCGCCUGAAAAACGUUGGAAGCGUGAAGGAUAAAAUAAGGACUAGAGCGAAACAAUUAGAGAGUGAAGUGAAUAGGUUUAUGGACAGUUACGUCCAGGCGAUAGAGAAACAGCGCCAGGUUCUUGUAGACCAGAUUCAGGAUAUCGUUCAGGAUAAAGAGCGAUGUCUGAACGUUAGCGAGCUUCAUCUCAAGGACAUAAAGGGGGAGGUCGGAGAGACGUGUAGGCUCGUCUCGGAUCUCGUUGACAGUGGUUCAGAUCUGGAGAUUCUGACGGUGAAGAAGCUGAUAACCGGACGACUGAAUCACCUGAACAGCCUUACCCUGCAGACGAACGGUGACGUCAGCGAGUACAUGAAGUUCUGUCCAGAGGAGAAGAGCAAUGUCAUCAACAACUUCCAGAUGUUUGGAAAGAUCGUGUCCAAGCAGGCGUCCGCUGCUUAUUCUGUCAUCACGGGGGCCGGUUUGCUGACUGCUCGACUUGCUCACAAGUCACAGAUGUUGCUCACUGUUCGAGAUGCGGACGACAUUCCGUAUACGGCCUGUGACGUCAGUGUUAGGGCGUGGCUCAUCUAUCAAAACGAUUCAUUAAGGAGUAUCCCGGUGUCUAUCGCAGACCACAAGGACGGCACGUACCUGUUGUCGUUCACGCCUGUACAGAAGGGAACACAUUACCUGCACGUCGCUGUCAAUGGACAGCCUAUCAAGGACAGCCCGUCAAAGUUCAGUGUCCAGGCGAAGUGGAAUGACCACAGAGGGGUGUGGCAGUGCUGCACGUUUUGUCAGACAGGCGGACGCAAGGACGUGCAUUGUGGAUGCAAGUCUCUCAUGCCAGGUGGUUUUCUGGGAUGUGGACACGGUCACUCGACAUAUCCAGGUGGCCCCCAUUGGUCGUGUUGCGGCAAGAUGGUUCAAAACUCGGAAUGUUCCACUGUGGGCCGAGCCUCCCCAGUACGCCAAGUCACACUGUGAACCACAGCAGACAUGUUAUUUUUUAAGUGAUAUUAAAAAUUAUGUAUUUCGUAUUUAGCUUUCCAAUUUGCAGGCCCGUGGAAACUAUAUCUGGAGUUGCGGGUACAGUGUCUAGUAAAGAGCAUAAGCGUAUGAAACAGGUGGGCGGGGCUGCCCCCCUCCCUCUAUUGCUGGAGCAAGUCCUCAAAUCGGGCAACAAUUAUAAAGAUAUUCGGGGAAAAUGUACUAACAUGAGACAUUUUUACCAUGUAUUUCCAUCAUUCUAUCCACAAACUUGGUCGCAAGCCAUGUACAAAUGCAUUGUGAUUUGUUUUCAACCCUAUAGGGCCGAUAGCUGUUUGGCAGUAAUGCCACUAUGAAUAAAUUUUGUUAUCCAGAUUGGGGCAUUUUUGUUUAAUUCGGGCAAAAACCAGUCUGCGCCCCACUUCAAAAAUGGGAGUCCGUACGCCUAUGGUUAUGGACGUUCAAGCCACAUUUUAAUCUUGCUGAUAUAGAGUAGGACAACAAAAAGAGUAUAUUUUCAUCCUCAAGUGUGUGUGCGUGUGGGUGGGUGGGGGUGGGGGGGAGUUCAUCCACGAGUGGGGGGGGGGGGGGAGGGGGUCAUGAACCCCCGGUUCUUACUGGCCUGGUUUGGUUAUUUACACAGUGUGUAUACCGGUACCGAGAACAAUCUGUAUCUAAACACAUUUUUGAAACAUCCAUGAUAUGGAAGUAACUUUCGAUAGUGAAAACAAAGACUUCCUAAAUGGAUAUCAGAAACACGUAGAAGCGUCAGUGCCACUGUCCUUGAAUAGCUAGAGGAAAACGUUCAGUUAAUACAGCAGUACACGGUUACAGUGUUUCUGGUUCAAAUCUCCCAAGUAGUUAUUUACUUGUUAAAUAUGCACGUUUAUAUCAAAUUAUUGUAAUCUGUUGAAACUUGCAUGUUCUAUACCAGUGUAUUAUAGACAACAUCAUAAUUAUACUGUUGAAGAAAAUAAAUAUUUUAAAUAUAUUUAAAAAACAAAA